AUGGAAGCGUUGGAUAAAUUCUACCAGUUCGAGCGAUUUAUGUGUCCGCUCUGCAAUGCAAUCGGGUUCAAUGUGUUAAGCAAAGAGUGGAAAAAAAAUUAUCGUACCUACACGUCGAUCUUUCUGUGCGGGCAAUACUUUAUCUGGAUGGUGUGGUCGAUCAUCAUAGCGAGCGAUGCAUUUGAGCUGCUGAAGUCCCUUUCAUUUCUGGGGUUCUUCUUUCAGUGUUCGCUCAAGAUGUACUACACAAGCGCCGACGCCGCACUGUACGGGACCAACUUUGACGGACUGAAGCAAACCAUCUAUAUAGGACACAUCAGCGGAACUACCGAGCAGAAAACUGUGAUCGAGCGAAUCAUCGGGAUAGUGCUGCUUAUUAUGAAAGUCACUACCGUACUGUACACCUCAUCUUUGUUCAUUUUUGUACUCUAUCCGGCCUAUAUGUACUUCGUGGUAGGUGUGAAAGUGCCGAUCUUUCCGCUGUACGUACCGGGGAUUGAUAUUUACUCGGCUUACGGUUACGGGAUGACCAAUGCAUGCCACAUGUUGAUUGCGGUGUAUGGUUGUCUCGGUGCAAUCACAUCUGAUAUCGCAUUCAUGAUGUUCGUGCUGCAUUUCGUAACCUAUGUUGAGCUGUUCAGAAUAGAGUGUGAACAGUUUCGGGAUGAUUUGAACGAUAUUAAUGAGCGCUGUGAACGACACACGCCGGAAUAUAAAUCCUUCUGUCGAGAGAGGAUGCGUGGCUUGUAUCAGUACCAUCAGAAGGUAAUCUUGUACAUCGAGUCGCUGCAGGAGUGUUAUCAAAGUAUUUGUGUGGUGCAGGUCGGGAACUGCAGUUUUUCACUCAUGUUUAACCUGUUUCUGGCGCUGACGACCGAUUGGUACGCUACGUAUGGCUUCAUGUUCAUAUCCUGGUUUCAACUGUUUAUUUACUCCUUGCUCGGUACAAUAAUGCAGCUGAUGAACGAUCGAAUGAUGCAAUACAUUUGGAACCUUCCCUGGUAUAUGCUGCCGGUCGAUGAACAAAAGCUUUUCAACUUUAUGCUUCGUCGAAGUCAACUACCCGCCGAGAUGGUCGUCCAGAGCGUCGGCCCGCUCAACAUGGAAACCUUUACGGACAUAAUGCAGAAAGUUUACUCAGCCUUUACCAUGAUGUACAGCUUUCUUGUGGAUCUCAGAGCAGCAAUGGAAGCGUUGGAUAAAUUCUACCAGUUCGAGCGAUUCAUGUGUCCACUCUGCAAUGCAAUCGGGUUCAAUGUGUUAAGCAAAGAGUGGAAAAAAAAUUAUCGUACCUACAUGUCGAUCUUUCUGUGCGGGCAAUACUUUAUCUGGAUGGUGUGGUCGAUCAUCAUAGCGAGUGAUGCAUUUGAGCUGCUGAAGUCCCUUUCAUUUCUGGGGUUCUUCUUUCAGUGUUCGCUAAAGAUGUACUACACAAGCGCCGACGCCGCACUGUACGGGACCAACUUUGACGGUCUGAAGCAAACCAUCUAUAUAGGACACAUCGGCGGAACUAUCGAGCAGAAAACUGUGAUCGAGCGAAUCAUCGGGAUAGUGCUGCUUAUUAUGAAAGUCACUACCGUAAUGUACACUUCAACUUUGUUCAUUUUUGUACUCUAUCCGGCCUAUAUGUACUUCGUGGUAGGUGUGAAAGUGCCGAUCUUUCCGCUGUACGUACCGGGGAUUGAUAUUUACUCGGCUUACGGUUACGGGAUGACCAAUUCGUGCCACAUGUUGAUUGCAGUGUAUGGUUGCCUCGGUGCAAUUACAUCGGACAUCUUGUUCAUGAUGUUCGUGCUGCAUUUCGUAACCUAUGUUGAGCUGUUCAGAAUAGAGUGUGAACAGUUUCGGGAUGAUUUGAACGAUAUUAAUGAGCGCUGUGAACGACACACGCCGGAAUAUAAAUCCUUCUGUCGAGAGAGGAUGCGUGGCUUGUAUCAGUACCAUCAGAAGGUAAUCUUGUACAUCGAGUCGCUGCAGGAGUGUUAUCAAAGUAUUUGUGUGGUGCAGGUCGGGAACUGCAGUUUUUCACUCAUGUUUAACCUGUUUCUGGCGCUGACGACCGAUUGGUACGCUACGUACGGCUUCAUGUUCAUAUCCUGGUUUCAACUGUUUAUUUACUCCUUGCUUGGUACAAUAAUGCAGCUGAUGAACGAUCGAAUGAUGCAAUACAUUUGGAACCUUCCCUGGUAUAUGCUGCCGGUCGAUGAACAAAAGCUUUUCAACUUUAUGCUUCGUCGAAGUCAACUACCCGCCGAGAUGAUCGUCCAGAGCGUCGGCCCGCUCAACAUGGAAACCUUUACGGACAUAAUGCAGAAAGUUUAUUCAGCCUUUACCAUGAUGUACAGCUUUCUGGUGGAUCUCAGCUAA